AUGACCAGCCCCACCCCCAUCUCCACUCCCACCAACCCUACGCAAAGCGUCACCGGCCAGGCGGCGGCAGCCCCCACCACGCCCACGCUGGCCGAUAUGCUGUUCCCCCGCCUCGGCAAGCGUAAGCACCCAGUCUCGCACAUCUACGGCAUCCCCGUCGAGGUGGUCCUCGCGAGACCCAAGAACUCGGGCGAGCGUCGUGAGGUGCGCACGUGUCGCCGCCUCAGCCUCGAAGCUGCCAAGGCCAACAUGGCUGCCGACAACCAGAUCGCGAUGGCCGCUGAUCCCGAGGAGGAGGAGUGGGACAGCGAGGAAGACGACAUCACCAUCCUCGUGUAA